CAUCGGUGGCUUAAAACUUAUCCACAAAUGACCAGCUGCCCUGCCAAUAGUUACCCAUUUUCACUUUAGUCCCUGUGGAAAAGCAGCAGCCAUGUCCAGAGACAACAGUGCCGGAGCUCAUAUUCUCGUCUUUCCUUACCCUGCUCAAGGUCACAUGCUUCCGGUGCUCGAUCUCACCCACCAAUUAGCUCUUCGUAAUCUUACCAUCACCAUCGUCAUCACCCCCAGAAACCUACCUUGUCUCACUCCCCUUCUCACUGCUCACCCCGAUAUUCAAACCUUGGUCCUCCCUUUCCCCUUUCAUCCAUCAAUUCCUGAUGGCGUUGAAAACGUUAAAGACUUGGGCUGCACUGGUAACGUGCCCAUUAUGAAUGCUCUAGGCAAUCUCUUUGACCCAGUUUCCCACUGGUUUCAUUCCCACCCUAACCCUCCUGUUGCGAUUCUUUCUGAUUUCUUCUUGGGAUGGACUUUACGCCUUGCUUAUCACCUCAACAUCGUCAGGAUUGCUUUUUUCUCUUCCGGUUCGUUUUUAGCCUCGGUUUUCGAAUAUAUUUGGUAUCACUUGGAUGAAAUCAAGUCUGGGUCUGCUAUUCAGCUUCAUAAAUUGCCAGGAUCUCCCAUUUUAAGUGAAGAGCAUCUGCCUACCGCAGUUCGACUGUAUAAGAGGGACGAUCCACAAAUGGAGUUUGUGAAAGAGGGCCUUGUUGCAAAUUUUUCGAGUUGGGGUUGCGUUUUCAAUUCUUCCGAGGCACUGGAAGGUGUGUAUUUGGAUUAUUUGAAGACGACCAUGGGUAACGACCGGGUUUUCGGUGUCGGACCAUUGAGUUUGGUGGGUCUUAAUUUAACGAAUAGGAAAGACCCGGGUUUUGACCCGAGUGAUAGUGUCUUCGAGUGGCUGGACAAAUGCCCGGAUGGAUCUGUUCUAUAUGUUUGCUUUGGGAGUCAAAAAGCGUUAAACAAAGAACAAAUGGAGGCCUUGGCAACAGGAAUCGAGAGAAGUGGGAUCCGAUUCUUGUGGGUUGUUAAAACGGGUUUUACCGGGCAGGCAGAUGGUAAAUACGGGUUAAUACCGGAUGGCUUUGAGGAGCGAGUUGCAGACAGAGGGUUGAUAUUAAAAGGUUGGGUUCCCCAAGUGGCAAUAUUGAAUCACAAAGCGGUGGGUGGAUUUUUAAGUCAUUGCGGGUGGAACUCUACUUUGGAAGCGAUAGUGGGCGGGGUGAUGAUAUUGGCUUGGCCAAUGGAGGCUGACCAAUUUGUUAAUGCGAAGCUCUUGGUUGAUGACAUGGGUGUGGCUGUUAGAGUGUGUGAGGGUGCUGAGUCGGUGCCUGACUCCGCCGAGUUAGGGGGGAUUAUUUCGGAGUCAUUCAGUGAAGUUGGACAAGUGAAGAUUAAAGCCAAGGAGUUGAAAGAGAAGGCUUUAGCGGCGGUGGAGAGCGGUGGGAGCUCAUAUCGGGAAUUGGAUAGACUCGUGCAAGAACUGACUGGUCUUCAGCAUGUCGAAUGAAAUAUAGUUAUGUUGUGAAUGAGAACGACAUUGUCGUCUGACUAUCUCCGCACACGACUAUUGUUAGGAAAACUAUAUUAUAUUUUCUUAAUUCAGUGCUUCAUAUGCAUAUUAUUUCAUUGGUAUGAAAAUAUUUUAAUAAUAUGGUCUUUUUAGAGGACACAUAAAUAUAUUACACUUUAAUUAUGUGAUAAA